GAUGGUGGGGGAGUACCACUGAUGAGAGAGCGGGCGGAAGAAGGGACUAUUUUAGCACGCAUUGGAGGAUUAUUUCAUUUACCUACUGAACACAAAUAAACACCCGAGAGGGUUUAUUUGUCUCGUUUGUGGUGACCCAGCUUGUAUUGCUUCUGGUCUCCAGCAGCAAUGUCACAGAGGAGUGGGCAGGAGGACCCGGAGCGGUUCCUCUUUGUGGACCGCGCUGUGGUCUACAAUCCAGCUGCACAGGCCGACUGGACUGCAAAAAGGCUAGUAUGGAUCCCAUCAGAGCGCCACGGCUUUGAGGCAGCAAGUAUUCGUGAGGAGCGGGGAGAUGAGGUGGUGGUGGAGCUAGCAGAGAAUGGAAAGAAAGCAGUGGUCAAUAAGGACGACAUCCAGAAGAUGAACCCGCCAAAGUUCAGCAAAGUAGAGGACAUGGCCGAACUCACCUGCCUCAAUGAAGCCUCUGUGCUUCACAACCUCAAAGACCGAUACUACUCUGGCCUCAUAUAUACAUACUCCGGUCUCUUCUGUGUGGUUAUAAACCCAUACAAAAACCUGCCCAUCUACUCAGACAACAUCAUUGAGAUGUACAGGGGCAAAAAGAGACACGAAAUGCCACCUCACAUCUAUGCCAUCUCAGAGUCUGCAUACAGAUGCAUGCUACAAGAUCGAGAGGACCAAUCCAUUCUUUGCACAGGGGAAUCAGGAGCUGGCAAGACAGAAAACACAAAAAAGGUCAUUCAGUACCUGGCACAUGUUGCCUCCUCCCACAAAGGAAGAAAAGACCACAACAUUCCUCCAGAAUCACCCAAACCCGUGAAACUACAGAGUGGACCCCUGUUUUAUGGGGAAUUGGAGCGUCAGCUUUUACAAGCCAACCCUAUCCUUGAAUCUUUUGGGAAUGCUAAGACAGUAAAAAAUGACAACUCUUCGCGUUUUGGGAAAUUCAUCCGGAUCAACUUUGAUGUCACUGGUUACAUUGUUGGAGCAAAUAUUGAAACCUACCUACUGGAGAAAUCCAGAGCUAUUCGUCAAGCCAAAGAUGAACGCACCUUCCACAUUUUCUACCAGUUGCUUGCUGGAGCUGGAGAACACCUCAGGUCGGACCUGCUUUUGGAAGGAUUUAACAACUAUCGUUUCCUUUCCAAUGGCAACAUCCCCAUCCCGGGCCAGCAGGACAAAGACAACUUCCAGGAGACCAUGGAGGCCAUGCACAUCAUGAGCUUUGGCCAUGAUGAGAUACUGGCCAUGUUGAAGGUGGUGUCCUCAGUGCUUCAGUUUGGGAACAUUGUCUUUAAGAAAGAGAGGAACACUGACCAGGCCUCCAUGCCUGACAAUACUGCUGCUCAGAAGCUGUGUCAUCUGCUGGGAAUGAAUGUAAUGGAGUUUACCAGAGCCAUCUUGUCCCCAAGGAUCAAAGUGGGAAGAGACUACGUCCAGAAAGCUCAGACUAAAGAGCAGGCUGACUUUGCUGUAGAAGCUCUUGCUAAAGCAACAUACGAGCGUCUGUUUCGCUGGCUGGUCCAUCGUAUUAACAAAGCUCUGGACAGAACCAAGCGCCAGGGUGCCUCCUUCAUCGGCAUCCUUGACAUUGCGGGUUUUGAGAUUUUCCAGCUGAACUCAUUUGAACAAAUGUGUAUCAACUAUACCAAUGAGAAGCUGCAGCAGCUCUUCAAUCACACCAUGUUCAUCCUGGAGCAGGAGGAAUAUCAGAGAGAGGGCAUUGAGUGGAGCUUCAUUGACUUCGGCCUCGACCUGCAACCCUGCAUCGACCUUAUUGAGAGGCCGGCAAACCCUCCAGGAGUUUUGGCACUACUUGAUGAAGAAUGCUGGUUCCCAAAGGCGACAGACAAGACCUUUGUAGAUAAGCUGAUCCAGGAGCAAGGCACACACACCAAGUUUCAGAAGCCGCGGCAACUCAAAGAUAAGGCCGACUUCUGCAUCAUCCACUACGCUGGCAGGGUGGACUACAAGGCAGACGAGUGGCUGAUGAAAAACAUGGACCCCCUGAAUGAUAACGUCGCCACACUCCUGCAUCAGUCAACAGACAAGUUUGUGGCUGAACUUUGGAAAGAUGAGAUUCAGACCAUUCAAAGGGCUUCAUUCUAUGACAAUGUCACUAGUCUGGAUGAGCCAGCAGUUGAUCGUAUUGUGGGCCUGGACCAGGUAGCAGGGAUGAAUGAGACAGCUUUCGGUGCCACCUACAAAACGAAAAAGGGCAUGUUUAGAACAGUGGGACAGCUGUAUAAGGAGUCACUCACCAAGCUCAUGGCUACACUGAGGAACACAAACCCCAACUUUGUCCGCUGCAUCAUCCCCAACCACGAAAAAAGGGCGGGUAAACUGGAGCCUCACCUGGUUUUGGACCAGCUCAGGUGUAAUGGCGUCCUUGAAGGAAUUCGAAUCUGCAGACAGGGCUUCCCCAACCGCAUCGUCUUCCAGGAGUUCAGACAGAGGUAUGAAAUCCUGACACCCAAUGCCAUUCCAAAGGGGUUCAUGGACGGGAAACAGGCCUGUGAAAGAAUGAUCCAAGCUUUGGAGUUGGACCUGAAUCUUUUCCGCAUUGGUCAGAGUAAGAUCUUCUUCAGAACUGGAGUCCUGGCGCACCUGGAGGAGGAGAGAGAUCUGAAGAUCACUGACAUCAUCAUCUACUUCCAGUCCAUGUGCAGGGGAUAUCUGGCACGCAAGGCUUUUGCUAAGAAGCAGCAGCAGCUGAGUGCACUAAAGGUCCUCCAGAGGAACUGUGCUGCUUACCUGAAGCUGCGACACUGGCAGUGGUGGAGACUUUUCACCAAGGUGAAGCCUCUGCUGCAGGUCACCAGGCAGGAGGAGGAGAUGCAGGCCAAAGAUGAGGAGCUGAUAAAGGUGAAGGAGAGACAGCUAAAAGUGGAGAAUGAGCUAGUGGAGAUGCAGAGGAAACACCAACAGCUCCUCGAAGAGAAGAACAUUCUUGCAGAGCAACUCCACGCUGAGACAGAGCUAUUUGCAGAAGCUGAAGAGAUGAGAGUCCGUCUACUGUCCAGGAAGCAAGAGUUGGAGGAGAUCCUUCAUGAUUUAGAGUCGAGGGUGGAGGAGGAGGAGGAGAGGAACCAGAGCAUGCAGAAUGAGAAGAAGAAGAUGCAGUCACACAUCCAGGACUUGGAGGAGCAGCUUGAUGAAGAGGAAGCUGCAAGACAAAAACUUCAGCUGGACAAAGUGACAGCUGAAGCAAAGAUCAAGAAAAUGGAGGAGGACAUUCUCCUUCUAGAGGACCAGAACUCAAAGUUCCUCAAGGAGAAAAAGCUGCUGGAGGACAGGAUUAGUGAGAUGACCUCCCAGCUGACAGAGGAGGAGGAGAAAGCAAAGAACCUCGGCAAAGUCAAGAACAAGCAGGAGAUGAUGAUGGUCGACCUGGAGGAGCGCUUAAAAAAGGAGGAGAAAACACGGCAGGAGCUGGAGAAAGCCAAACGCAAACUAGAGGCUGAGACAACUGACCUGCAGGACCAAAUUGUCGAGCUUCAGGCUCAGAUCGAGGAGCUGAAGAUCCAGCUAACCAAAAAGGAAGAGGAGCUGCAGACCUCUCUCGCCAGGAGUGACGAGGAGACAGUCCAGAAGAACAACGCCUUAAAGCAGGUUCGGGAGCUGCAGGCGCAACUUGGUGAGCUUCAGGAGGACCUGGAAUCAGAGAAAAUGUGUCGAACUAAAGCUGAAAAACUCAAAAGGGACUUGAGCGAGGAGCUUGAGGCUCUAAAGACGGAGCUGGAGGACACGCUGGAUACCACCGCUGCCCAACAGGAGCUCAGGUCAAAGCGAGAGCAGGAGGUGGCAGAGCUGAAGAAAGCCAUAGAUGAGGAGACCAAAAACCAUGAGGCUCAGAUUCAGGACAUGAGACAGAGGCAUGCUGCUGCACUGGAGGAACUGUCCGAGCAGCUGGAACAGGCCAAAAGAUUUAAGGCUAACCUGGAGAAGAACAAGCAGAGUUUGGAGAGUGACAACAAAGAGAUGGCCUGUGAGGUAAAGAGUCUGCAGCAGGCGAGGACAGAGUCUGAACAUAAGAGGAAGAAACUGGAGGCCCAGCUGCAGGAGUUUAUGGCCAGAGCCACCGAGGUUGAGCGGGCCAAAGGAGAGCUGGCUGAUCGCUCACACAAACUCCAGGCCGAAUUGGACAAUGUGACAGCUUUACUGGAGGAGUCUGAGAAAAAGGGUGUCAAAAUGGCCAAGGAAGUGGACAAACUGAACAGCAAACUACAGGAUUUAGAGGAGUUGAGGCAGGAGGAGACGCGUCAGAAACUCAAUCUGAGCGGCCAAAUCCGUCAGCUUGAGGUGGACAAGAACAUGCUGCUGGAGCAGCAGGAGGAAGAUGAGGAGGCCCGACGCAACCUGGAGAAGCAGCUGCAGACAGUGCAAACACAGCUGUUCGAGACUAAGAAGAAGCUAGAUGAAGAUAUGGGAGUGAUGGAGGGCCUGGAGGAGUCUAAGAGAAAACUCCAGAAGGAUGUGGAGCAGACCACUCAGCGUCUGGAGGAGAAGACUAUGGCCAUGGACAAGAUGGAGAAGACCAAGAACAGGCUACAGCAGGAACUGGACGACCUGAUGGUCGACCUGGACCACCAGAGACAGAUUGUCUCCAACCUGGAGAAGAAACAGAAGAAGUUUGACCAGCUGCUGGCUGAAGAAAAGACUAUCUCAGCUCGAUAUGCUGAGGAGCGGGACAGAGCAGAGGCCGAGGCCAGAGAGAAGGAGACCAAAGCUCUUUCUAUGGCCAGAGCUCUGGAGGAAGCACUGGAAGCCAAGGAGGAACUGGAGAGGUUUAACAAGCAGCUUCGUGCUGAGAUGGAGGAUCUGAUGAGCUCCAAAGAUGAUGUGGGAAAGAAUGUCCACGAACUGGAGAAGUCAAAGCGAACACUGGAGCAACAAGUGGAGGAGAUGAGGACGCAGCUUGAAGAGUUGGAGGAUGAGCUACAAGCCACAGAAGAUGCCAAGUUGCGUCUUGAGGUCAACAUGCAGGCCAUGAAGGCCCAGUUUGACCGCGACCUGCAGGCAAGAGAUGAGCAGGGAGAGGAGAAGAAGAGGGCACUCGUUAAACAGGUACGUGAGAUGGAGGCAGAGCUGGAGGACGAGAGGAAACAGAGAACUCUGUCUGUCGCCGCCAAGAAGAAGCUGGAGAUGGACCUAAACGAGGUGGAGGGACAGAUCGAAGCUGCCAACAAAGGCAGGGACGAGGCUAUUAAACAGCUCCGAAAACUACAGGCUCAGAUGAAGGACUAUCAGCGGGAGCUGGAGGAGGCCAGAGCUUCCAGGGAUGAAAUCUUCAGCCAGUCUAAGGAGAACGAGAAGAAACUCAAGAGUCUAGAAGCUGAGAUCCUACAGCUACAAGAGGAUCAUGCAGCGUCAGAGAGGGCCCGUAGACAUGCUGAGCAGGAGAGAGAUGAGCUGGCUGAUGAGAUCUCCAACAGCGCUUCUGGAAAGUCAUCACUUCUGGAAGAGAAGAGAAGGCUGGAGGCUCGAAUUGCCCAGUUAGAGGAGGAGCUGGAGGAGGAGCAAGGUAACAUGGAGCUGCUCAACGACCGCUUCAAAAAGACAACCAUGCAGGUCGACAGCCUGAACGCUGAGUUGUCCACAGAGCGCAGCACAGCUCAGAAAAGCGAGAAUGCAAGGCAGCAGAUGGAGCGGCAGAACAAGGAAUUGAAAGCGAAGCUGGCAGAGCUGGAGGGAGCUGUCAAGUCGAAGUUUAAGGCGUCUAUCACCUCCCUGGAAGCAAAGAUCCUGCAGCUAGAGGAGCAGCUUGAGCAGGAAGCAAAGGAAAGAGCAGCAGCCAACAAAAUUGUCCGUCGUACGGAGAAGAAACUGAAGGAGGUGAUGAUGCAGGUGGAAGACGAGCACCGUCACUCUGAACAGUACAAGGAGCAGAUGGAGAAAGCCAACACUCGUAUGAAGCAGCUGAAGCGCCAGCUGGAGGAGGCGGAGGAGGACGCCACCAGGGCCAACGCCACCCGCAGGAAGCUGCAGAGGGAGCUAGACGACGCCACCGAGGCUAGCGAGGGUCUAACUCGGGAGGUCAACUCCCUGAAGAACCGUCUCAGGCGUGGUGGUCAGGUUAGCAGCUUCUCCUCCAGCCGUUCAGGCCGCCGCAACCUCAACUUGGAUGGUGCCUCUGUCGACAUGUCAGACGAUGACGCCGACAGCCGUUCAGGAGACUUCAAUGAGACACCAACUGCCAACGCCGAAUAAAACACAGAGACCCUCACAUUCCUUGCCUCCCCUUUCUUUUCUCUCCUCCACACCUUUCACCUCAUCCACCCGUAACCCACACCCUGCUUCCCUGAAAAAAGAUCCUUUGCAUCACUGUUGUCCUUUUUCAUUUCAAACCGCUAACUGGAUAGAAACUGUGGAGUUAAGAGCUGAGUGCUCCUGGCAGCACGCCUCAGCCCUUUUUGUAUCAGUCAACACUGCAGGGAAAGUCCAGCGCCCUCCUCUGAAGAGAAGCCUCUCCUCCUGAGAGUCACAGAGGAAACUGACAACUCCGCCUUACCCUGCUCUCCUCAAGCAAGCUGCUAGUCCUGGCUCAACUCUGUCAUUCAUCUCAACACGCUGACUCAAAUCUCCCCUCCAUCAGGUGUGAAGUUACCUGCUUAUUGAGAAAGUCUGCAUAGGUGCAAAGUGCUUUUUAUACAUAUGAAACUCUGUGUGUGUGAUGUAGGCGGAGGCUGUGAGGUGUAGGCACAUUCAUAAUAUAAUCCAUGUGAGUGCACUCCUUAGUGGAAAUGCAGGACUACAAGGAAACGUAUUUCACUCUGGUGUUGUUCUAUGUAUUCAUGCUCACUAGUUGUGUAAAAGUCAUCCCAUACACUCAACACACUCCCUCCUCCCAGUGUUCAGUCUGACAGUCCUUUAAAAACAUGAAGUCCAAAAGUGAAGGUCACUUUGGCCUUUGUACGACCACACAGGCUGCUUGUGUUGCAUGAGUCUCUGAAACUGAUCAGCUUCUACACUAGAGCACUACAGGAGCCACUAACACCUCGGGACAUGCAAUACAUGGACUCUGAAUUGAAAGUAUUACUGUGAAACAUACGUAGGUAUUCUAUUUUACUUCAUCUCAACAUUUAGUAAGGAAUGUGGAGCUGGGUUUAACUGAGAAUCUCACUAGUUUUCCCUGUUUUUAAUGAUAACCACUAUUUUAAAACACUAUUUUUCUUUUCUGUGGAGUGGUGGGGGCUGGGAAUGAUGCAAAUAUGCUGGAAAAAUGCACAAAACUGCUCACAAAUUAUAACUGGAAACCAACAGAAGACUAAAGAAAAGCUCAUUUGGAAACACUAAAGAGGCAGUCAAUGUUUUCAGUGUAACACUUAAUGGAAAGAGCACAGCUAUAUCAUGUAGUCUGAUUAGAGAUAGAGGCAAAUUGAAAAGAAUUCUCACUUUAUUUCAGUGUUUGUGCCUAGCCACAGUUUGUGCUUUAGUCACAUUUGAGUCAAAGAGCUAAAGACAAAGGUUUUCAAUAGGCUGUGAACUUUGAAAGGUCAUUUAACAAUGUUUAAAACUGCCAUCAUCACAUCUGGGUUAAUAAAAUAUUCAAGUUACACAUCUGUAAUGUGUUGUUAGCCAGCAGGGAUGAAAUUUGACUUCUUUCCAAAGUAAUGACUAGUGAUUUUUAACAGAAGGAAUUGUGAGUUGUAUUGUAAAUGCAGAUUUUAAUUUUUAGUCAUAUUUACCCAGAAUCAUGCCAUAUUCUUUCAUUUUUACUGAUUCUAAUCAAUGUUUCAUUAGUUUUGUUCUGAACGCCCACUGUAAAAAGUAAUUUCUAGCUCACUGGAUUAAAAAUGCAGAAACAGAUUUUAAAGUCUUUAACUAAGAAGUGUCUUCACAAAACCUUAUAUGUUGUUGAAAUCCAGAUAGCUACACCCCUGUGGCCUGCUCCUUAAUCUGACUGAAGACUACACCAGCCACCACAAGCGUAGCAGACCCUUGUUCUGGGAUCCAGUUGCAUUGUGGGAGAAGUAGUCAGUAGGUAUGGACAAGGAAAAAGACUUUCUGGGAUUAAAACAGAUUUGUAAUGCAGCUCUGCUGCAUCAAUUUUAGCCUGUUUUGGGGCUUUAUUGUACCAGAGAUUGAAUCUUAAAGAUAUUUCAUCCAUGCUGGCUCAAAAAAAGCAGUUGUAAAAAAAUGGGAAUAUUCUUUCAUCCAAUUGUUGAAGGCCCAGGCAUUUGAGGAAACCUCUUUGUAGCUCAAAUGUUCUGCAAACAUUGAUGACCAAGCAGCAAAAAGAUUUUGGUAGAUGAAGCUCAACUGAACAGAACUGACCAGAUACUGGUAACCAUCAGACAGGUCGUCUUCCAACAAGUCUUCUUUUACUUUCCUUGUGAUUUUAGUUCCUUUAAUAACAAUUUUAGCAGGUGAAGAAAGGUUCAACAGUUAAAACCACUACAGUGUGAAACUGCCCUGGAAGGGCUCCUAUAUCCAUCUGUCAGUUUCACUUAGGUCUUUUAUUCUGGAUGUGAAGGUUAGGACGGCUGUGUUCUUUGCCCUUCUCCUCAAAUGUCAACAGUUUGUCUUAGUGCCUUAGACACUAAAUAAGAACAGAAGAAGGAUUUCAUUACCCUGAUGAGAUGAAACAGGUACUCAAAGCAGAUGUUCAACACUUGUUCUUUCAUUCUUUUGUAUUUUUCUGCUGUGCUUCAUAUCAUAUCCGCAGUGGACCUCUGGGCUAAUAAUCAAACUGGAAUGCUGAUUUUGAUUCAAACAGGUUCACUGGUGAGGCAGAGAACUCUGCACCUGCGUUUCUCAGAAUUUUGCCUGUACUAAGAAAUUUUAGUACCGAAUUAUUGUGAGAAAUGAUGCAACGCACGGGAUUUCAUUUGGUUGGAAGCUUUAUCAUCAACAAGUAGUUAACUCAUUUUUAUUUUAUUAUUAUUAUCCAGCUGGCUGUUGACAACCAGGCAUUCAACUGCAAAUACUCCCAUCAUAUUAUUUCCUGUAUACCUGUAUUUCUAGACAGUGAUUGUUUUGUUUUGUUUGUUUUUGUAAAAGGAAAAUAAAGCAUAUUCAUUGUAGCUG